AUGUCUGCUGGUGCUGCUGCUAUGGCUGGUAAAGCUGCCUCCCAGGUAUCACAAGCUGCUGCCACCGUCCUUCCCUCAACAGCUCGUUUACGGUUCCCUCUAAAGAAACAAUAUUACAUACCAUUAAUUAGAGCUAGACCAAAGGGUAAAAAUCAUAUAAGGAGAACUCCAUUGUUAACUACAAGAGUUAAAUCUCCAUCAUACCCCAAGAGAUAUGCUAAAUCUGUUACACAAUCAUUUGGGAAAAUUGAUGAAGAGUUAAGAAGAAGGAAAAAUAUUCAUUUGGAUAAAGCUCGUGAAAUUAGUUCCAAGAUGUAUGCCAAUGAAAUGAAACAAAAAGGUUUAAUCAAUACACGCGAGGAAAAGGAAAGACAAAGAUCUGAUUUAUUAAAUACUUUUAAAUUUGGUACAAAAUCUUAUCAACGUUAUAAAAAACAUCAUGGAUCUGUGCAAUCAAUUGAAGAUUCAAAUUUAGUUAGAAUUAAAAAUUUCCAAUUUUUCCUUGGGGAAGCUGAAAGGGAAGUUAAAUCACCCAAUAAAGAUGAAAUAACAAAUGAAUAUUUGGAAAAUUCAAAUGAUACUCAAAGUGAAGAAGAAUUUAUGCAUAUAAUGGAAAAAAUCGUUUAUAAAAACAUGGGUAUAUAUCCUCAAAAUAUUCGUUUCAAAGCACUAAAUGCAGUUUUAGAAAUUUUAGCAGAUUUAGAACAAAAUGAUCAAUUAUUAAGAGUUUCAUCUGAGGAAUUAAAUAAAUUAUUUGAAAUAAUAUUACCAAUUACUGAAGAUCCUCAAUUAAGAAUGAAGGCAUUAUAUAUUUCUGGGAAUUUAUUAUAUCGUUUAACGAAAUUUGAAAAUAUGAGAUUAGAUAGAGUUGCAUCUUAUAUUAUUGCAUGUAUUAUGAAUCAACAAAUUCAAGAAGCUUUAAAUUUAUUAAACCAAUUUGAUAAUGAUUUAAAAAUUUGGUAUAAAUUAAAAAUUUUACUUUGGAUUAGUGCAGGUAAUAUGUAUGAAGCUGAAAAUUUAAUUCAAGAAUUGAAGAAAAAAUUUAAAGUAAAAUUUAUUCAUAAUGAUAUUUAUAUCUCUCUAAUUCAAAGAUAUUUACAAAGUGAAAAUUUUGAAAGAUUAGAACAUUGGAGAUUAGAAUUUGAAAAUUUAAUUAAAGAAAAAGGUUUUAAUCAAGAUAAAAAAUCUUCAAAAUUAAUGGGGAAAUAUGUUGAAGCUUCAGAACAAGAAAAAUUAGAAUAUUUGGGACAAUUUGGUCAAGUUACUUCUGGUCAAUAUUUACUAAUUUUACAAUUAUAUUUAUCCAAUAAGCAAUUAAAUGAUAUAGUCCCUGAGAUGAUUGAAUUUUAUUUAAAACAACCAUUUACAAGUGUUAAAGAUUUACAAGAAUUAUUAAUUUCAUUUAAAUGGGAAUUAUCAUCCAAAAUUAGACCAACUUUAGAAAAUUUAUCUAAAAAAUCUGCAGAAAAGCAAUUAUUAAAAUAUGUUGAUGAUUAUCAAUCUAAAAACCCUGAAAUUGUUAAACAAGAACAAUUUUUACAAUCUUUUUUGCAAGAAUUAGCAUUUACAGGUGGAUUUGUUUCUAUUACAUACAUAAUUGAAAAUUUGAUCAAGAAUAAACAAACUCCAACAGAGGAACAUUAUAUUGCUUUAAUUAUGGCAUUAAUGAAAAGAAAAGAAACAGAACGUGCAUAUAGAGUAUUAACAGCAUUAGAAGACUCACAUUCAAACAUUUUAAAUGAAAUAGAAAAUAAGGGAGAAAUUGAACCUUUUAAAAUUGAAGAAAGAUUAAUCCCACCAGUUACACCAAAGAUUUAUUCAUUAUAUUUAAAAUAUUUUUCAACACGUAAAAAUCCUGAAGAAUUUAAUAAAAUUUUGGAAAGAAUUGAUAAAUCUGGAUUUGAAAAUCAUCCAGUUAUUUUAAGUACUAUAUUAAAAUCAUUAUACAUGAAUAAUGAAUUAGGUGAAGCUUUAUUAAUCAUUGAUGAAAUUUUAUUAAAUAAUAUCCAUUAUACAAUGGUUAAUAAAACUGAUUAUUCAUUUUUAGGAAUUUAUCAACAAAUUUGGAGAAUUAUUAGAAAAAUUUUAAUUGAAAAUAAACGUGGUAAUUCAUCAAAUAUACCAGAUUUAAGAUUUUUAUUUAUGAAGAUGAUUAAUGAUAAUACAGUACCAACAUCAAAAUUAUAUAAUGAUAUUAUUGAUUGUUUUAUAAGAAAUAAUGAUUUUUAUGGAACUAUUUGUGUUAUACAAUAUAUGGGUAAAGUUCAUAGAAUUUCACCACAUAAAAGUACAAGAUCAAAAAUCAAGAAAAUAUGUAAUAAAUUAAAAUAUGAUUCAAAUAUUUUUAAAAUUUAUCCAACUUUACAUCAUCAAUCAAGAUAUUCAAUUAUUAGUAAUAAUGAUAAAUAUUAUAAUGCAUUUAUUGAAAUGAAAAAAUCCCAACCAAAUUUAAAUUCAAGUGAAUCAUCAAUGGAUCCAUUCACACCAAAAGAUCCAAUUCAAGAAUCUCAAGAUACAAGAUUACAAGAACAAGGUGAAGAUACAAUAGAUCGUGCAUGGAAAUAUCUUGUAACACAAAUGAUGAGAGUCCUUACGGUACAUAAAGAUUUUAAUAGAGAAACAUUAGUACAAACACAUGAAGAUUUUAAUUUAAAUUAUGAAUGUGAUAAAGUUGUUAAAGAAUUUGAAGAAUGGUUAAAAAUUCCAAGAUUAAGUAGAUGGGAAAUUUUCAUUGAGAAUACUAAAACUUUGAAAGAAAUGGAUCCUUUACCUGAUAUUGAUACAGAGAAGAAACAAUAG